CAUGUAUAACAUUAGCAUGGCAAACAAAUCAAGUGUCUGUUUUGAGAUUGGUGCCAAAGCCAAGUUAGCUGUAUUUGUUGUUUAAGGCAAUAUUCAAUCCAUGCAUCCCUAUUCCCUUCUAAACUUAGCAAUUUCACAAUUACAAUUCACUCUCCUUCUCCUUUACCAUUUUCAGACAAGAGACAACACAAAACACAAUUCAUUCUCUGCAUCUUAUUCUUCUUCAUUUUUCUGCAGAAUGCAGCAAAAUCAAAAGAUGGAGGGCCACAAAUCAGACACCAACAAAACGAAUCCCCGAAAGGAUGGAGUAAUCAUCACUGUGUACGUUGAAUCCCCCAAAUCGCAUAACAAUUCCCAUCAAAACAGGGAUGCCAAUGCCCUCAACAAAAUUAACCCCAAAUCCAGAGGCAGAGGCUACGACCGCCGGGCCCAGCUCCUCGCAUACUCUCGCGACCUCAGAAACCUCGAUUCUCCUCUCAAACCCAAGAAAUGGAAACUGAAGGUGAGAUCGGAGACACGGUAUGAACGGGUGGGGAUGGGGAGAGAGGAUAGAGCAGAGGUGGUGGAUCAGCGAUGCCGCCCCAAAUGCUUCUGCUUCCAAAGCAGGACAAAGAAAGCCACUGGGAAAUCGGGUUCUUCCAUAUUGAUGAAAAUGAAGAGUUUGUUGAGAGAGUUAUCAAAGGGGUGUAAACGCAGGAGUGAUGAUUGAGGACAAAUAUGGUGGGUGGUGAUUGUGAAAUGAGAUCCGCCAUUUGUAGUAGUUAUGUUAUGUAUAUUGGGUUUGUUUCUGUCUUUCUAUGGAGGUUUUUGAUCAAUCAUCGGUCUACCGAGUGAAUGUAAAUACAAAUGCUUGCUUACCUCCUGGACCGGUAUGUGACGCAAUUUUAAUCCGACUUUUCUACUGCAUGCAAUAUAAACAGACAGA